AUGUACAAGUAUGGCUCAAAUGGUGAAACUGAUGAUAUGUUGGAAUUUGAUGCUACUUUUGAUUUAACACAAGACUCCGCUUUAUUAGACCUUGAUGAUGAUUUUUUGUGUGUCCCGGUUGGAAAGGAAGCCACAAAGCUGUCUACUUUUGAGGGUUUGGUUGCAAGAACAAUGGUUCCCAUAACCUAUGAGUCUUGGCUGGAAGUUAGUGAAGAAGUAAGGGAAGGGUUAUGGCAAUAUGUUUUGGAAAAGUUUGUAGUUGACCCAAAGAGCCGGAAGCAAACUCUCCAAUCGAUCGGGAAGAAGUGGAGAAACUUCAAGCAUUAUCUAUAUGCCAAGUUCAUUAAGAACCGAAGUAAAGAUCCCAAGGCAAAUCUAUUCAAACAUCCGAAAGAUUAUCCGUUUAUAAAGAAAGAAGACUGGAAAGUUUUUGUAUCCCAUAGAGUUACAAAAAAGUGGGAGGAUGAGCUGCAGAAAUCUGGAAGCUUUGGAGAGGUUACAUGUGGAACACAUGAUGUGCUUACAGAGGCCUUGGGUACUCAGGAACAACGUGGGUGUGUACGAGGGAUGGGUAAAUUUAUAACGCCACAACAAUACUUUUAUUUACCCAAGAAUGUUAAGUAUUACUUGGAGAUUGAGAACGAGAGGGUGGAUAAACGAAUCAACAAACUUGAAGAUGACUUGGAGAAACUAAAAAGAGGUGUACUUAAUGUUUCUGAAGCUGCAAGUUGCCAAGUAAGGGGCGUCAUUGAAGAUGUUGAAAAAGAACCACGGGAUGAAUCACUUGAUAAUUCAUGUCUUCUUGCGGUUGAAUUUGCUGCAAAUGUAGUCGCUAAAGGAACCAUAAUGAAGUAUAGUGCAUCGGAUGAAAACAUUGAAGUUAUGAUGGAAACAAUUUUACAAGGAGAAGCUUUAAUACCCAUUCCACUUGAAGAGGAGUUCAUUGUGAAGGUCAAAGAUGCACUGGGACACAUACUAAGUUGGCCAAGACACUUAGUUAUUCGAUGCUCUGACCUUGGAAAAUUGGUGGCGAAACCUGUGAAAAAACAUGCAACACCACUGAAGAAAGAUGCAACACCAGUGAAGGAAGAUGCAACACCUUUAAAAGAAGAAAUAGGAAGUAAUAAGAAAGAAAAGGGGACAUGA